UCUGUGCUCAGCUGAGGGUGACAGAAAUGAGCAGCUGGCAGCUGUGAGGCCUCUCAGGACUUAGACAUGAAACUGCUGGAUGAGCGGAUCUGGUCACUGUUUCAGCGCCACUGGCAGCAGACUCUCACCUACUGGAGUGUGUUCUUCAGCUUCGGCCUGUGCAUCGCCUUCCUGGGACCCACCAUCCUGGACUUGAGGUGUCAGACCCAGUCCACUCUGCAGCAGAUCACCUGGGUCUUCUUCUCCCAGCAGUUCUUCCUGCUGGUGGGCAGCAGCUUGGGAGGCCUCUUCAAGAAAACCCUCUUGUCCUCCCUGUCAGCCCUCUUCUCCUGCACGCUCCUCAUCUCACUUGUGUUUUCCAUCAUACCGCUAUGUCACAAUGUGGUACUGCUGUCCGUUGCCAUGGCGCUGGCUGGCAUAGCCAUGGGGGUGAUCGACACUGUCGCCAACCUGCAGCUGGUGAAGCUGUACCAGAAGGACUCAGCUGUCUUCCUGCAGGCUUUGCAUUUCUUCAUAGGUCUGGGAGCUCUGGUCAGCCCCCUGGUUGCUGAUCCUUUCCUGUCAGAUGAUAACUGUGUCCUGGGAGCCAACUGGACGGCCAACUCAUCCUCGGACCUGCAGCAUCUCCGCAGCACUCUAGCCGGACAUGGAGCUGCACUGCACAACAUCUCCCAGUAUCCCCUGAACACCGAGGGUGUCAUCGUCACCUAUGUGUCGUACGCAUUCUGGAUCAUGGCUCUCAUCAAUCUCCCUGUUCCAGCAGCAGUGCUGGCAUUGAUGUAUCAUGAGAGGUUGCUGCCUUGUUCCAACAACAGUCCACGCCUGCUCAACAAGGAGUCUCUGUCCAGUUCGAGCUCUGCUGAGGACGGUGACCAAGAACACGGGAAUGUGUUUAGCUGCUGUCACCCUUCCAAACUCCGGGGUCGCCCUGCUACUUUCUUCAUCCUCCACACUCUGGGCGGAGCUAUCCUCUUCAUCACUGAUGGAAUUAUAGGCUCCUACGCUGGCUUCGUCUACACCUACGCCGUGUCGCCGCCUCUGCUGAUGGGCCAUAAGACGGCCGGUUGUCUGAAUAGUGUUUUCUGGGCCUCCAUCACAGUAGGAAGACUGGCUUCCAUGUACCUCUCCUACAGAUACACACCGCCCAGGCUGCUCACCUUCAGUCUGGUGGGGGUCAUAGUGGUCCAGUGUCUGCUGUUGAUUUUCUACACCAGCUCUGUGUUCCUGUUCAUCAGUACCUGUGUUUUGGGUCUGUGCAUCAGCAGCGUGUUUCCCUCCAUGCUGGCCUUCACAGAGGACAUAUUAGAAUAUAAAGGUUGUGCGACAACAGUGCUGGUGACCAGUGCCAGCACAGGAGAGAUGCUGCUGCAGCUGCUUGUCGGAUCAGUGAUUCACAGUCAGGGCAGUUACUCCUUCCUGCUGUGUUGCACAAUAGCAUCAUUCAUUGGCUUCUGCCUGUUCCUGCUGCUCCUGUACGUCCAGCGCAUCCACGGAAACCAUCAGACAGAUUCUUCAAAAAACAUGGACAUGACAGAAAACCCCAAGACAGGAGGUUCAUGAUAUUUACACCCCCAAGAGACCCGAGUACCACAGCAAAGGGACAACAAAAAACUUGUCUCCUUGUGUGAAGGUUUCUUGUGUACUGUGGAAAUCACACACACGGACAUUUACGACCCGCUUGCAAGCCUGAUGAUCAACAAGCAGCUCAAUGGACGACCAGUAAUUCAUUUCUUUUGCACAAUUAAACUCUGCUGUAGCUGUG